AUGAGGCCCUAUCUUGAGGCGAACACCGAAGAAGUUGCCAAGAACUUUCGAGAAUCUGGGAUACUGGACUCAAAAGUGGUUUUUGCCAAGGGCUUCUUCAAUGAGACGAUGCCUCCGUUGGCGCCUCGGAUCAAGAGACUUCCUGUCAUGCGCCUAGAUGGAGAUAUGUACCAGUCUACCGUUGACGUGCUCUAUCAUCUGUACGACAAGCUCAGUGUGGGGGGCUAUGUCAUUCUUGAUGACUGGUUUAAGUUUCCAGCCAAGACAGCUUGCGAGUACUUCUUUCGUUUGCACAACAUAAGCCCCGAAACUGAAGUCAUUGAUGAUUUGGCAGUGUAUUGGAAGAAGACGAAGGACGUCGAUAUACAAUACUGGCGGUAUGAGCAAAUGAAAUUCAAAUAA